AUGUACAGUAUUCAUGGACUGAAGGGAGAGCGCGGAACUCAGGGAAUCCCAGGGAUUACAGGUCUUCCCGGCCCGAGAGGCAAACGCGGACCGCCGGGGGUUAACGGCGUUAACGUCGCGCCACAAAUUGGAGAGAUGUCUGAAAUGCAACAGACAAUUGUCGUCAAAGAAAAUGAAAACGUGAGACUCAAGUGUACGGCCAGUGGAUCGCCGAAACCAGACAUCACUUGGCGUAGAGACGAUAAUAAGGCCAUUAUUUUGGGCUCUGUUUCCCAUACGAUGAUUGAAGGAAAUCGAGUGAAUAUCACACGUAUUAGUAGAGAGCACUCCGGAAUCUACGUGUGUAUCGCCACGAAUGGAGUUCCGCCCUCUUCUUUCAAGAAAUACAACGUCGAAGUGACCUGUAAUCACAUCUUCACACUUGUUAUGUCACAAUCAUUGUCUUAUAUAACACUUGUCGUAACAGUUCCACCGUUGGUCAAGAUAGCGGCACCCCAUCAGAUGGUGGGCACAAAUAAUGGCAGUUACUCUAUACUGGAGUGCUUUGUGGAGGCAUUCCCUCCGCCACUGAGUUAUUGGCAAUUCGGCGAUAGGAUUAUCGAAGGGAACUGGAAGUAUAAGUUGGAUCAGCAGGAGUUGUCUCCCUUUACGUUCAAACUGGUGCUCAAUAUAACAUAUAUAGAGCCAAACGAUUACGGAAUGUAUAAAUGUGUGGCAAAGAACGAAAGAGGAAAAACUCACGGAGUGUUCACCGUUUUUGAAAUCGAUCCCCGAUUACCUAAAAAGCCUUUAGAAGAGCCGUCAUAUGUUAUAUAUGGAGAGGUGCCUUUACCGCCAGUUGAAGCGACAGAGUGUAGUCCGUGUCCGGAAUGCAAUCAAAUCAUUCAAAGGCAAUGCAAAAACAACGGAAGACCUAAAAUAGGUUCUGUAAGUUUGGCCACAAAUUACAACAACUCUUCGUGGAAAUCAUUGUCUAAAAGAACUAAUAAUUGUCUAUUGAGUCAAAUCGGGAAACCAGUGUUUUAUAGGGAAACAGACUCGGAAUGGGGCUCUUGGAUGAAAGACCCGAUGCCACUCAAACCGGGAGACGAACACAAGUAUUGGUUGACUACAAAAGACGAUAAGAAAUUGUUGAGUGAAUUCAGUAAUAAGGAGUCGUUUAGGAAUAAUGACAUUUCAAGGAAUUACAGCCUUUUAUACAAGUUUUCGGGCAAUUCUCAGGCAAUAUAUUCGGGUUCCUUCUAUUACAGCGAAGAGGGGACCAAUAAAUUAGUGAUUUUUAACUUAUAUACAAACGACUCGUCGUAUUUGAACGUAAUGGACGGCACGAAGAGGUUGUCCAACCAGUACUUGUAUACCACUCAAUACAACUACAUGGAUAUCGCCACCGAUGAGAACGGCCUGUGGGUUAUAUUCCCCACGAAUCACACCAACAACACAAUGGUUAUGAAAUUCAACGGCACUCAAGUGGAGUACAUCUGGAACCUAACCAUCGAUCACAAGACAGUGGGCGAGAUGUUCAUCAUAUGUGGGGUUCUCUAUGGCGUGGAAAGUGUUUCCGAAAGAAAUACCAAAAUAGAGUUCGCAUACGAUUUGUAUCGCAACCAACAAAUAGACGUAUCCAUUGAUUUCACCAAUCCUUUCAGUCAAACCAAUUUCAUAUCAUAUAAUCCAAAGUAUCAAAAGCUGUACACUUGGGACAAAGGGAGUCAACUCGAAUACCCGGUCCGUUUCAAUGAGUCCAUUGACAUCAAUAAUAUCGAUACGGAGUCCGAAGACACCGAUUAGUUGUAUAGCAAUCCAUGUUUUGUUCAAUUUUAUACAAUUUCAAUGCAAACAAAAAUUAUUUAUUAAUAUUUUUAACUUCAUUUUUUAUCGCCGAC